CCAUCGCUACACCUCCAAACGAUGUACGAAGAAACAAUGCGCCAAGAUCUCGUCGAAUCAACGACUCCCUCAAGCCAGCGAUACUUUCCAAAGACUCCAGCCCUACCGAGUUGCGCCAUUGGAUCGAUGCAUUUAAAGCGUAUUAUUCGUCCAACGACAUGGACGAAUUCAACAGGGAAGAAAGAGUUUCCUACUUCAAGAUUUUAUUAGACUCUGAUCUCAAAACCAGAAUCAUGGCGAAGAUGACGGAAAGCACCGACGUUUUCGGCGAGGAUGGCUGUCUUCAACUUCUCGAAAACGACUUCCUGGGUCGCUACCCACUGUUCUCCCGACGUCUCGACUUUUUCCAAUACCAGCAGCGAAACGGACAAGCCUUCACGGAUUUCGUCGCCAAAGCAAAGGAACUUUCCCAUCUCGCCGAUCUCGAGAAAUUGACCGUCGAGGAAAUCUUCGUCUUCU